GUGGCAAGUAUGGCGAGGGCUUGAAUUGUCACUUGAUAUUACCUGUCAGUUGUCUGAUCGUGUAAUUUAAUUACAGUCGGAUAGAUAGAAGUUUAAUGUGUAAAGAAUAAGACUAAACACUUGAGAUGUCACAUAAUAAUUCCAUGGAUUUUCUCCAGCAAUUAGUUAGUUGUAAUAACCAAUAAAAUGAAAUACCGAGAUUGUUUCUGUUAAAAAUUACAUCGGUGAUUCGUUAAUAUUACAAAUGCCAUCAAACUUUGAAGGAUGGCGAGAAUGAAGAGCGUGCCAGAUAAUCUAACGAAAUGGGAAAACCCAGAGACUCCUUUAGCUCCGCUGUCUUCCUCCCAGAAGAAAUGCAUCGCCGAUUUACAGGAAAAAUUGUCCUCAGCUUCGGUGAACCUGGGGCCAACAACCCAGUCGCUCAAGUCCUUGGAGAAUGAAGGCAAAGGUGACGUUGAGGGUAUAAAUCAGUCGCUUGGUUAUUCUGAUAAGAUAGAAUCUUACCAGGAGCUUUUGCAAAACUAUACUGCCUUGGAGAAAAGAUUCAUGUCAGUAGAGGAUCUUAAGUACACGCGGUAUCUGGAUCAGCUCAAAUCGCGACGUAACGAGUGCCACGAGUUGUGUGUUGAGAUAGAAAAUGCCCUGACUGACUUUCAGACCCUGUCUAAGCAAUAUACAACUGUUUCUUCUGAGACAAACUCCCUACAUGAGGCCAGCGAGCAGCUAAUUUCUGAUCAAAAAAAGCUAAAUGAUUUCAAUGAGGCUAUAGUCCAGCAUUUGAAAUACUUCAAGGAGGUUGAUCGCAUUAUGGAAAAACUCGAGGCACCCACAUUAUCGGUGAACAGUGAAAUAUUUUUUGAGCUUAUGGAAAAGAUUGACACCAAUAUGGACUUUAUUCAGAAUAAUGCCACCUUCAAGGAGUCUGUUAGUUACCUGGUCAAGUACAGACACUGUCAGUACAAAGCUAUCACCCUUAUGCAGCACUAUGUGUUUAACCAGUUUGCAACAGCCACAGAAAGUAUCUUGAGUCCUAAAGAAGCAGAUAAUGAACCCAAGAAUUCUGAUGCUGCACUUGCUCUGUUUUACGGACGUUUCCAGUCUAUCCUUCCUAAAGUUAAGGCCAUAAUUGAGCAGAUCGAGUCCAAAUCUUUGAAAAGGCCAGAGUAUGAAAGCCUACUUGCCGAGUGUCAUCAGUCCUACCUGAGCCACCGAGGUACCGUCCUAGGACCAGGAGUUAUGCAAGCUUUAAACUCUGUUAAAGAAAGAUAUAACGGGGAUCACUGCAGCUUGGUUCGUCAUUCCUGCGCCCUUCUUCUGCAUGCCUCGAUAGAUGAGCAUCGUCUUUUUUACCAAUUCUUUAGUAAGCAUUCGACAUCUUUGACCGUAUAUCUGGAGGGGCUGUGCACUUCACUCUAUGAUGCAUUGCGCCCUUUUAUAAUUCAUAUAAACCACCUUGAGACACUUGCGGAGAUCUGCUGCAUCCUAAGGAUAGAAAUGUUAGAUGAACAUGUUCAAAACAACUCCGAACCAUUACAAGGAUUCGGGAGUAUUUGCCUUCAGCUUCUUCACGAUGUUCAAGAGCGACUCGUCUUUCGAGCUCAUCUAUAUCUUCAAUCAGAUGUCCUCAAUUACAACCCAUCUGCAGGAGAUCUUGCGUAUCCUGAAAAACUCAAGAUGAUGGAGGACAUAGCGGAGUCAAUUAGAGAAGAGAACAACCAGCUGAGAUUGAAGCGGAUUUCCCUAUCAUCGAACGAAAGCGGUACGACCGAAGCUGUUUCACGCAGCCAUUUGACAAUGGAUCCUCUUCACUAUCAAAAAUCAAGUGCAGCGAAUUCUCCAGCCGAUUUACAUGGGAUGUGGUACCCUACCGUUCGUAGAACAUUGGUUUGCCUAUCUAGGCUUUAUCGAUGUGUUGAUCGACCAGUUUUCCAGUCCCUCAGUCAGGAGGCAAUCUCUCUUUGCGUUCAAAGCAUAGAAAAUGCAAGACAGAAGAUAAAUGACAGAUCAGGGCCACUCGAUGCCGAAUUAUUUCAAGUCAAGCACCUCCUUAUACUCCGGGAGCAAAUAGCCCCUUUUCAGGUCGAUUUUACCAUAAAAGAGUACAGUUUAGACUUUUCAAAGGUAAAAACCGCUGCUUUUGGGUUAUUGGAAAAGAGGUCAAGGCUAUUUACCCUCUCCAAUAACGCCCUGCUUGAGUUUCUCCUCGAGGGAGCACCGCAAAUGAAAGAGCAACUCAUAGAUUCCAGAAAACAUGUUGACGCUAAGCUCAAAUCCACAUGCCAAAGACUCAUACAACAUGCUACGCAUCUUCUGAUAGAACCUGUUAUCAAACUUCUGGAAAAAGCCAAGGUAAACGUUGCUCCUGAAGGAUCGAACAAGGUCCAAAAACAGUUCUUUGGCAAUGCUCAAGAAGUGGCUGCUAUCGUGGGCGAUGCUCAGAGGUUGAUAAAAUUCAAGCUACCAGUCAUCCAACAAUCGAUGCAAUUGUAUUUGGCCAACAGAGAAACUGAGUGCAUACUUUUCAGACCGAUGAAAAAUAAUGUAGUUGCUGCAUUUACCCAACUACUACAAUUACUCAGCAAUAACUUCACAGCGGAGGAACUCCUCCUUAUUGCUUGCCCCUUGCCUGAACAAAUAUCCGUUACUCUCAGCUCGACGAGUCUCACACAUGGUAGAGGUACGCAGCAGGACAAUUUCCAGAGAUUUGAGGUAGGGGAAAGAAGCGAAGUUACUACUAAUAAGGGUGUUACGGAAGGUCCUCCCAUUGGGCAAAAAAUAAUCCAGGACGAUACGAAUAAAACAGUUAUUAGUGAUAAUGGGAAAAAUCAUUCUGGUAGCCAGAACGCCUCGUAAUAAAAAUAAAUCGGGCUUCAUAAUCAGGAAGAAAAUAAUUGCUUUGUUAUUUAGAUCUUGUAGUAUUUUUAUAACUCGUAGAUAUGACGUGAUAAUAAAUGAUAUGAAAUGAUGUAUAUAUCAGCAUGAGAAUAAAGUAUGUACAAUCGAGUUUGAUAAAAAAAA